CCUUAACCGCGCAAUAUGCGACUUUGUAAAUUUCAAGCAUGUAGCUUCGGUGCUCCUGACUCGCGCUAUUCGCUCAAUGAUGCAAUUCAAGCCAAUAUUUCAAGAUUCCGGCUUGGCUGUGUUGCAUUGUACUACCCAAGUUAAGAGUAGGGGGGAAGGUUGUGGCUAAACGGAGUGAAGCACCCAAACUCCCAAGAGUUGCUUUGCUUUGCUUGUUGCUCCCCCCUGGUUCUUUUUUCCUUAUCCAAUUUUUGUCUGGUGUUCACCCUUCCUACAUACCCCAGUGCCCCCUAUUACCUAUCUUAGGUCAUCGCAAUGGCGCGAUUUGAAUCGGACGAGAAGCCUCCUGUUCGCAUCCAAGGUACCAACAUUGAUGAGGAGACAGAGGCUCUCGAAGGAUAUGUCGUUGAUCCCUCCCAGUAUCCUGACAAUGCAGCGCACUUGAAAACAAGCCGUGACGGUCGAUUCGUUCUGAUUCCGCAACCGCUCGAUACACCCAAUGAUCCAUUAAAUUGGUCUUCAAGGAAGAAGUGGUGGCUUGUGGCAAUAGUAGCGUAUAUCGCGCUGCUGGCUGAUUAUACUGGAGGAACUGCUAUCAUUACUGUUAUCCCACAAUCUAUUCAAUGGGAGUUAGCUCAAGCGACCGCGCAGAGAGCUGUGGUGGGCAAUCUCUUCACUAUAGGAGCUUGUGGUCUCUUCGUGGUCCCCCUGGCGAGUUAUUUCGGGCGCCUUCCGGUUACUCUAUUGUUUCAAUGUGUCAUGGUGGGCACCUGCGCCUGGUCGGCUGCAGCCACCAGUUUUCCCUCCUAUCUAGCUGCGCGGAUUCUUAACGGCUUCUUUUGCAGUGUGGGUCAAGGCGGAGCUUUGAUGUGGAUCAAGGACCUCUUCUUCUUCCAUGAGCACCCCAGAGUGAUUAACUAUGUAGAGUUCUCCAUUAUUAUGAGCCCAUAUCUCGGACCCUUAAUUGCCUCGUUUAUUGUGUCCGGGGUAAGUUGGCGCUGGGCAUUCUGGCUCUGCACAAUCAUGUCCGGAGUCGGUUUAAUCCUCAUUCUGUUUCUCGACGAAACAUUGUUUGACCGCAAGCACCCACUACUAUCGCGAGGGUCCUAUAUUAGCCGCCUAACUGGUCUGCACCAAGCAGAGGCCUGGCCGCAGAGAAGCUUCGUCCAGUGUCUGGCACGACCGGUUGUAGCCAUUACGAAAAUCCCUGUACUGACGAUUCUCGUAUACUACUUUCUCAAUUUCGCUUGGGUUAUCGGCGUCAACACGACAAUCGCCAUCUGGCUAAGCAAUAUAUAUGGCUUCUCAACCCGAGGCAUCGGUUACUUCUAUUUCUUCGGUAUUGUUGGCGUCCUAGUUGGGUGGUUCACGGGGCAUUUCCUUCACGAUGGCGUUGGUCGGUAUUACACCAAACGACACGGCGGACGACUGGACCCCGAGGCUCGGCUUAUUAUCACGUACCCUGCCACGAUAAUCUGCUGCGUUAGUCUGAUCAUCUUAGGCUUCGCAUUUCAAUACCAUUGGCACUACAUGGCCAUCGCGGUCUUUGCCACUACGCAAUGUAUCGGCGUCAUGAUCAUCACUACGGCUAUCAAUGCCUACCUCCUCGAUUCGUACCCCGAGGGAUCUGGAGAGGUGGGAGCGUGGGUAACUGCUAGUCGGAACUGGGCAGGAUUUAUGGCCACUUAUAUUCAGAUUGACUGGGUGACACGGCUGGGACCUGCGAAGGCGCUGGGGAUUCAAGCUGCUAUUACAUUUGCGUCGGUGUUUUUCAUGGUCUUCCUGCAGGUGUAUGGCAAACGGUUGAGGCAUUGGCAGGGACGGAUGGUGUUUAACAGACAAGGAAAGUAAUAGUUCAUGCGUUCGACCAGUAUGAUAUCAAAAGUUGAGAACGAUUCA